AAUUAUAUAGGUGGAGUCGAUGACGGAGAAAGAAAACAUGAGCGGUGAUUGCGAACUUACAAAAAGGAUUUCUCUUUCGCAGUUUGACUCCCAAUCCACAGACUGGAACGACAAGGAAGAGAAAGAUGAAGCAAAAUCUAAAAUUGACGAGCUUUCCGAAGUUUUUCGUUCAGUUAUCACGCUUGUAGGUGAGGAUCCCGACAGAGAAGGGCUGAGGGCUACUCCUUUGCGAGCAGCUAAAGCUUUUUGCUAUUUCACUAAAGGAUACGAGGAGACCGUAGCAGGUGUAGUUGCUAAUGGUGUAUUUAGUGAAGAUCACGAUGAGAUGGUUUUAGUCCGUGACAUUGACCUUUAUUCAUUGUGUGAACAUCAUUUGGUUCCAUUUUAUGGCAAGGUGUCAGUUGGUUACUUACCAUUAGGAAAAAUAAUAGGACUCAGUAAAAUUGCAAGGAUAGUUGAGAUGUAUAGCAGAAGAUUUCAAGUCCAAGAGAGACUCACCAAACAGAUAGCCAAUGCUAUUAUUGAAGCUGUUCAACCUCGUGGAGUGGGCGUGGUCGUGGAAGCUGUACACAUGUGUAUGACAAUGAGGGGGGUCAGUAAACCAUCCAGCAAGACAGUCACCAGCUCAAUGCUUGGAGUAUUCAGAGAUGAUCCAAAGACCAGAGAAGAAUUCCUUGCACUAACAGGACAUACAAACUAAUAAUCUAGCAUGUAUUUAACUAUUAUUUAUUUAUUUAUUUAUUAUUAUUUUAUCCUGGCUUUGAAUAUUCUUAAUGAAAUCAA